AUGCUGCUUCUUGGGCUGCUGCUGCUCCUGCCCCUGUUGGCUGCCACCCACCUGCUGUGGGGCCGGUGGAUGCUCAGGUCCCUCCACCUCCCGCCUCUUGUCCCAGGCUUCCUGCACCUGCUACAGCCCAAUCUCCCCAUCUACUUGCUUGGUCUGACUCAGAAACUUGGGCCUGUAUACCGGCUCCGCCUAGGACUACAAGAGGUGGUGGUGCUGAACUCCAAGAGUACUAUUGAGGAGGCCAUGAUCAAGAAGUGGGUGGACUUUGCCGGCAGACCCCACACACCAUCCUACAAGCUAGUGUCUCUGGAUGACCAGGACCUGGCAGUAGGGGACUACUCCCCACUCUGGAAGGCCCACAAGAAGCUUACCCGCUCAGCCCUGCUGCUGGGCAUCCGAAGCUCCAUGGAGUCCCUCGUGCAGGAACAGACUCAGGAGUUCUGUGAGCGCAUGAGAGCCCAGGCUGGCAACCCCGUGGAAAUCCAUAAGGAAUUCUCCUUGCUCACCUGCACCAUCAUCUGCUACCUCACCUUUGGAGACAAGGAGGACUCUCUGGUGCACAGCUUUCAUGACUGCAUCCAGAACUUGUUAAGCACCUGGGAACACUGGUCCAUUCAAAUUUUGGACAUUGUUCCCUUUCUCAGGUUCUUCCCCAACCCAAGUCUGUGGAGGCUCAAGCGAGCUGUUGAGAGGAGGGACCAGAUAGUGAAGGAGCAGCUGAGGCGUCACAAGGAGAGCCUGAUGACCGACCAGUGCAGGGACAUGACACACUACAUGCUGCAAGGGAUGAGGAAACAGAACGUGGAAGAGGGCCCCGGGGGGCAGCUCCUUGAAGGGCACGUGCACAUGGCUAUGGUGGACCUGUUCAUCGGUGGCACGGAGACCACAGCGACCACUCUCUCCUGGGCAGUGGCGUUCUUGCUUCACCACCCUGAGAUUCAGAAGCGACUGCAGGAGGAACUGGAUAGAGAGCUGGGCCCCAGUGCCUCGGAUUCCCGGGUCCAGUACAAGGAUCGCGCGCGGCUGCCCUUGCUGAACGCCACCAUCGCGGAGGUGCUGCGCCUGCGGUCCUCUGUGCCCCUGGCCUUGCCCCACCGUACCACACGGCCCAGCAGCAUCCUGGGCUAUGACAUCCCCGAGGGCAUGAUCGUCAUCCCCAACCUCCUAGGCGCCAACCUCGACGAGACGCUCUGGGAACGGCCGCACGAGUUCUGGCCCGAGCGAUUCCUGCAGCCAGGCGCGCAGCCCAGCGCGCUGACCUUCGGUUGCGGCGCGCGCGUAUGCUUGGGCGAACCGCUGGCUCGCCUCGAAGUCUUCCUGGUGCUGACGCAGCUGCUCCGAGCCUUCACGCUGCUGCCGCCUGCAGGCGCCCUGCCCUCGCUGCAGCCCAAGCCCCACUGCGGCACCUCUCUCCAGGUGCCGCCUUUCCAAGUACUGCUGCAGCCCCGGCACGCGGGUGCCCCGAGACUGGGAGAGAGCCAAUGA